GUGAAUGGAAAUACAUAUUAAAAAGUAAGAUGUGGAAUCUACGGGGAGACAAAAGCGGCAUUCUUCCAGCUUUGAUGUUGAGUUACCAUCAUCUUCCUUCUCAUUUGAAGCAAUGCUUUUCCUAUUGUGCAAUGUUUCCGAAGGAUCACCAAUUCAACAAAGAGGAGUUAAUUUUCUUGUGGAUGGCAGAGGGGCUCUUGCAAAAACAUGCAGGAGAAGAAAAUCAAAUUGAAGACAUUGGUCGUCAGUAUUUCUCUGAGCUACUUUCUAGAUCAUUCUUUCAACAGUCAAGCAAUAAUGAAUCGAUUUAUAAGAUAAGAAAGCUUCCGGAUUCAAUUGGAGAUUUGAAGUGUUUGCGAUACCUUAAUUUGUCUGAAACUGCCAUAGAAACCUUACCUGAAUCCAUAGGUUUCCUUCUGUCAUUACAGACAUUGUUGUUACAGAAUUGUUAUCAGUUCUCCAAAUUUCCUGCAACAAUUGGGAACUUGAAUGACCUUCAAUAUCUUGAUAUUACUAAUACCCAGUCUUUAAAAGCUAUGCCACAGGAAAUAGCUAAUCUCAAAAAUCUUUUGAUAUUGCCCAAAUUCAUAGUAGGGAAAACAGAAGGACUGAGAUUAAGUGAUGUGAAGAACUUGUUACAUCUUCGACGGUAUCUAUCUAUUCUAGAUCUACAAAAUGUUUCUGAUAAUUUAGAUGCCAGACAAUCCAAUUUACACAUGCUUGAAGCUCUAGAUGAGUUGGUGCUAGAAUGGACUUCUGAUUUUGAUGAUUCAAGAAAGGGAAGUGAUAUUGCAGAGGAAGUGCUCAGCUCCUUAAGACCUCAUCAAAAUUUGAAGAAGUUGACGAUUGGUUGCUAUGGUGGUAAGCAAUUUCCGUCCUGGAUUGGUGAUCAAUGUUUUUGCAAUUUGUCCUAUUUGAGGUUAUUUGGUUGUAGAAAUAGCACUUUGUUGCCAUCAGUUGGGCAAUUACCUGUACUUGCAGAGUUGAUUAUUGAAGACAUGAAUGCAAUUGAAACUAUUGAGUCUGAGUUUUAUGGGCAUGGUGGGCGUGGCGCUUUUACAUCUUUGCAGAUGCUUAAGUUUCACAACAUGUUAAACUGGGAGAAAUGGGCUUUUCUGACUGACACUGGAGUAGAAUUCUCGUGUUUGAAGGACCUUGAGAUUGCAAACUGUCCUAAGCUGACGGGCAAAUUACCCAGCCACCUUUCUUCUCUCAUUAAUCUUGUGAUAAAGGGAUGCCCAGAGUUAACAUAGAGUGCAACCGUUUGAUAGGACAUCCCUGUAUCUUGUAUUUGUAGUAGCUCCAUAUUGACUUCAUAGAUUUCAAAGUAAUAGGCUGUAGUGUUACCUCGCACUAUUAGUUUCAUUUGAGCUUCAUGGUGUAUUCAUAUGCGCUUCUGCAACAUGAAUGUUAUAAAUAAUGUUAUAGAUA